GAUGUCCUCCCUUCUUCCGUCACUUGGAAAGACCCUCGGAGCCGUUUACAUCGGCGCAACACUCUCAUCGAUCUUACUCGGAAUAACCGCCCUCCAAGCUGUCAUAUAUUAUAACAAGUUUCCCCAUGACGCGUGGUAUUACAGAUAUUCCGUGGCCGCACUAUGGUCUGCACACCCACCGGUAGUUUUUGUCGAUCCUCCAGUUGAUUGGCUCUUGCAUAGGAUCCUAGAUCUGUUUCAUGUAGCCUUGACCACGCACGCCAUCUACUUCUACCUCAUCGACUCGUUUGGUGAUUACCUUGCGCUUGACCACGUCAUCUGGAGCUUCAAGCUUCAGAUUUUAAUCAACGUUAUAAUUGUCGUCGGUGUGCAAUCACUCUACGCAGUACGCUUAUGGAAAAUCGGGCAUCAUUUUCACCGUUUUGUACCUUGGCUUGUUGUCCUGGUGAUUGCUGGUGGAUGCGCUACGGGAAUAGUAAUGACUUACGAUGCGUAUACAUUAUCGCGCGUAUCCAGUCUUCCCAGCAUUUCCAAGACAGUCGACGGGACCUUCGCGACAACGACCUCUGUCGACUUCAUCAUCUCUGGAGCAAUGUUCUAUUACCUGCAUAAGAGCACGACGAUCACUAACUUUGAGAGCACCAUAGCCAUGAUCCUCUCCUUGAUGCGGGUAGUUGUCAUAUCCGGACUAGCUACCAGCACCUGUUCGCUCUUGGCACUAAUGACGUUUGUCGCAUUUCCCAAAACCCUAGUAUUUUUCGCAAUCGGAUUCAUCCUACCCAAAUUGUAUAUCAACUCGCUACUAGCAAUGCUCAACGCGCGGGAUAAGCAUAUCAAAGGGUCUGAAAGAGGUACCCCACAGGUCCUUCAGCUCGCCUCUGAGUCUGAAAAUGAAUCAGAUAUCGGAAUGAUGGAGACGGGCGUCCUUUCGGAGACACCAAGAGUAUUAGCGCUCGAUAAGAUUUAAGUGGGUUAGUAGAAUCUGUCAGAGACUUUGCGUGAAUACAGAUCAUC